AUGAAGCAACUGGAAGUGAAUAAAAAUCGACGCUCACAAUGGCUAAGUCAGAAAAUUUGUAACCUUUGGCGGCCAGUUUGGCUAACAUGGCAUAAAUAUUUAGGACUAACAACAAUACCUGGCCUACAAAGUGUUCACAAUGCUCAAGGAAAGUUUUUCACCCUUGUGUGGUCAAUUCUAUUCACGAUUGGAUUGGCAUGUACGAUACGUGAUGUUUAUGUAAAUUGUUUGGAUUAUCUGGCUUAUCCAGUGACAACUGCUAUGAACUUGAAACAAGCAACUGCGUUACCAUUUCCUGCGGUAACUGUGUGCAAUUUGAACCGUGUCCAUUGUGGUAAUCUGAAAAGACUGGUCCGACAGAAUAGAGGAACUGAUCUAGGUGAACGAUUGGAAAGAAUGUACGAGGUGACUAACUGUGCUCAUGUACGACGUGCUCCUAGAAGUAGCAUUUGGUAUGGAGAUCAUCAAAAAAUUGAUGACAACUUGAAGACUAGGAUUGCUGGUAGCAGAGUAUCCCGUGGUAUACCAACUCAGUUACCAUCAGUUCCUCCACCUACCUCGACAAUAACAAAUGGAGCAGAUGAAGAGGAGGAUGGAAAACCACCUAUCAAUCAGACUCAAUCUUUCAACGACUUGAUGAACUUCAUGGCACUCUAUGCAAAUUUUUCAGAAGACGAUCGUGCUGCGAUGGGUCAUGACGCUGCUGGAUUCAUCAGAGCGUGCACAUUUAGUGGAAAAUCCUGCAGUAAUGUAACGUUAUUUUUCAAGAUCAUUCCAAGCACAAGCUAUGGAAACUGUUUCACAUUUGCCACAGCAAGGAGAACCGUAAUGCCAGGCAGAGAUUAUGGGCUCUCGAUGGAACUGUAUCUUGAUCAAUUGAAUUACAUUGGCGGAGGACUCAGUCCUAGAGCCGGGGCUCGAGUAGUCGUACAUCCCAGGUCUCAACUACCUCUACCCAAUGAAAAUGGAUUGACAAUACCGCCUCACACAGCUACAAGUGCCGCUCUUGUUCAGGUUGAAGUCACCAGGGAAGAGCUCCCAUAUGUAACAAAUUGCACAUCAGGAUGGGAUCGAACAUGGUACAAAGAAAGAGUAGGGGGAGCCUACAAAUAUUCCAUGGAGCGAUGCCAAAGGAUUUGCCUGCAACUGGCGUUUGAAGAUUUUUGUUCAUGUACACAUCCAAGCUACAUGGACUUAUCAACUGGUGCAUCACCCUGCAAUUUAACGUCAGACAAUCAGGAUUACGCCUGCGUAGGGCGAGUACUUGACGAAUUUGAGACCAGAAUAAAAGAAUGCAGCUGUAACAUGGACUGCAGUGAGACCACUUAUGAUAUGAAAAUAUCUCAAGCUGCGUGGCCAAACGACAAUAACUGGUGCGAUGUAGCUCAACGCUUCGGCAUGGCAAAGGCUUGCAAGUACGAAGGCUAUCAGUCUGACCAUAGAACACGAGAAAAACAGCUGGUACUGCAAAACGUUCUUACCAUAGAUGUAUUCUUCGAAAAUCUACGAGUUCAAUCCAUCAAUCAACAACCAACAUACAAACUACAGAGUUUUGUUGGUUCGCUGGGUGGAGCUCUGAGCCUGUAUUUAGGAGUCACACUAUUCAUGCUUCUCGAAGUAUUAGAAGUAUUAGUUAGAUUGGUUUUUGCGCUAUUUUACCGAGGCUGUAGCAUCAUUCUUCGGAGGAAACCACUGACAGAGGUGCGAAACUGGAGCAAUGGAAAUCACGGGAAGCGCAAGCGAGUGGUUGCCCAACAUGAUUUUAUAUAUAAUCAAAGGGGACAAUCUCGUAAUAAAGAAAAGGUAAACCGGCCUAUAAAGUUCGUCUGGUAG